CGUCACCAAAAAAAUAAACAAACGGUUCGAUAACAAAACGAGGCCGGUUAAAAAACCCAAAAAAUGGCCUUAAAUCUACGUAAAAUAAGCCGCUCUGCCUUCCAGGUGCAACAUGUUGCGAAAAAACAUUUUUCCCUCUCAUCGCGCGUAUCAACAAAGGCGAGCGAGCUGUUCUCGGAGGAGCAAAACCGGCAACGCGACCGGGUUGGCCGCAUCGAGAAGAUCGAAGUCCGGUACCUUGGACUGCCACAGGAUACGACGCUCGUGAUGAACCGAGAACUCUCCACACCAUACGAUUGUGCCAGACACAUCGGUGAAAAGUAUUGCCGGCAAUCGGCACUAGCCCUGCUGGAUAAUAAAACACCCUGGGAUAUGCGACGACCGUUGCGUGAUUCCUGCACGCUGCAGCUACUUAACUUCACCUCGCCGGAGCCACACAUCGCCAACAAAGUGUUCUGGAGGUCGUGCUCCUUCCUGCUCGGCGCAGUCCUGCAAAGCAGCUUCAAACCAACCGCCGGAUUACACCUUCACAGUUUCCCUACACCAAACAUAAAAUCUGGCAGCUUCGUGCAUGACAUCGUGCUAGCUCAAGAGCACUGGAGCCCUACCGUACCGGAGCUACGUGCCCUUUCGAUCGAAAUGAUUAAACUCUCGCAAAAAGAUCUUCCAAUCGAGCGCCUCGAUGUGGACAGUGAACUGGCGGUCGAAAUGUUCCACAAUAAUCCCUUCAAGCGCGAACAGAUACCGAGUGUGGCGAGCAAGAACAAUGGCCAGAUCACGGUGUACCGUGUCGGUGAUCACGUCGACAUCAGCAAGGGACCGAUGAUGGGUUCGACGGGACUCCUCGGUCGAUGCACGAUCUCGGCUGCUCAUCCGAUCAAAGAAGCAAACGAAGAUGGUAAAUAUUUCUACCGGAUGCAGGGUGUAGCGUUACCGUCGGCCCUGCGCAUUCAUCAUUUUGCGUAUGCCAUCCUGGAAAACCGCUCCCGGAAGUUGAACUCUGCCAAGCUGCCUAAUGAACCAUUCGAGGAUGCUGUUGCGGAGCAAGUGGCGUAAUCCUAUAUGAGCACUUAGUGUAUCAAUAGUAUAAUAAACUUUGUAUAAGUUCUUCAAAGUAUCAUCCUUCUCUUUACAAUUAAUUU